GUUAAAUAAGACGAGGUAAAAACGUGUCUAAAUACAUUGAAUGCCAAUUUUUUUAAUGCCAACAAAACUUCGUCACAGGACAUUUAGAAUCAUUUAUCUUAUGUAAAAUGAAUAUGCAUCCUCUAACACCAAAAGUUGUCUAUUGUCAUUCAAAAUGUCAAAACUUAUCAUGUUGUUUUGUUGUACUGUUUCAAAGUUUAGGUCAUAGGUCAAAAAUUAAGUUUAUAACUACAAAAAGUGAAGAAUAAUCUGUAAAUUAGUGCGCAAAUUAAAAUGGCCCUAAAAUUAUACUAUGACCUUAUGUCACAACCUUCUAGGGCUCUAUAUAUUUUAUUAAAAACGGCUAAGUAUAAUUUUGAACCAAAACCAGUGAAUCUACGAGGAGGGGAGCAUUUUACGGAAGAAUAUGCGUCAAUAAAUAAGUUUAAAAAAGUUCCCGUUAUAGACUAUAAUGGUUUUAUAUUAACAGAAAGUAUAGGAAUCAUAAGAUUUCUGUCGCGUGAAAACAUUAUACCAAAGAGCUUAUAUCCAAUUGAAUCUAAGGCACAAGCAAGAGUAGAUGAAUAUCUAGAAUGGCAACAUGUCGGACUCAGGUUACAUUGCGCUAUGUACUUCCGAGUAAAGUACUUAACACCAAUAACAACCGGAGAACCAGCAGAUCCCAAGCAAUUAGCAGGCUAUGAACGGAGAAUGUUCAACGCAAUACAAGAGUUUGAUACUCUGUGGUUGGGGAAACAUGAGUUUGUUACUGGCAACAAUAUUACUGUGGCUGAUUUGUUAGCAGCAGUUGAAUUGGAACAACCAAGAAUGGCUGGUUUUGAUCCCGCUGAGAAGUUUCCUAACAUAGCAGCUUGGUGGCCGAAAGUAAAACAACAUUUCAACCCUUAUUAUGAUGAAGCCCAUGUUAUAUUGAACAAAAUUGUUAAAAAGAAUUUAACUGCUAAAUUGUAGAUAAAGCAGGGUGUUUUUAUUAGUUAAGUUGAUAAUUAUAUAUGUUUAUUUUUAUUAAGAAAGUCUUCUUGUCUUUUAAAGAAGGCACUGCCUUCUGAGAUACAGGUAAUUACCUAGUUCAGAAGGCAGAGCAAUAUUGUAAUGAUUAUAUUUGUAGUUGCUAAUAAAUUUUAUUUUAUUUAUUUUAUUUUUUUAUAAACUUUGUGUAGAGGUUUUUAUAUCAAAUUAUUUUGUUUUUCUAUAUUAAUUAUAUACAUUUUUAUUGAGAUUUUUUACUGUGAUUUUAACGAUUUUGAUACAAUUUUUAUGAAAAUAAUUAAUAAGCAGUUGAGUCAAUGUGACAAUUUUUUUCUCAUUUUGUAUUAACGAGAAUUUUUAAUUUACAUACUUAGGUAUUGAAUAAUUUCGAUAGUAUUAAUUUCUGAACAUUCCAAAGUCUAAAAAGUAGAAAUGAAUGCAUUGUAAAAUUAAAAUCGUAAUAAAAUGCGAUUGGGAGAAAGAAGUAUGUAAAAUAUUGGUGUUUGUUUAUAUCUUUUUAAUAGUUAAUGGUGUUAUGUAAACGUGCAAUAAAUUUUUAUUUUUAUAUCACAAAAAA